GGGCAUGUUCAGCAAUAUUGUUAUGAGUAUUUUCUUUGGUUGGGGUACUGCGCUGUUUGGUCUGUAGAUGAAUUGGCCAGCAGGAAUGUCUUUUGGAAUUAAUUUGGGGUCCCUUCUGGUUUUCCUCCUACAAGCGGAGCAUGUCAACAGUUUAUGGGUCCCUCAUGUCCCCCCAAAUGUUGGCCCUUCUCCGUGGGGACGUGAUGAAACGAGGCUUGGCGGCUACCCCCAGAAUCAAUUCAGACAAGACGCCAUAGCUGCGAGCCCUCCCUGGAGUCCGUCCAUCCACAGCCAGGCGGGAGUGAACAGUGCCUUGCGACAGGAACUCUCACGGAGACGCAAUUACCCAGUAGCCGUAACCCCCAGUUCCGCCGAGUCCAAGCAUAACUCCAUCGUUCUAAGGCCCAGAACACUACAGCUGUCAGCUUUCCCGAAACCGAGGUCAAACCCACCGAGCGCUCAUCACAGGAGCCGUCAAGACAAGCGGGGGGGAGAUUUCGUACUCUCUGACGCCAUCGCUAGCGGGACUGCUAUCCACAAUGGUAAGAGCUCGUCUGCUGGCUCCGUGCGUGACUCUAUUGAUAGAAAAGCACCCGCUGUUACCAAGCGGUUGAUGGAUACACCACGUAGGCCUACUGGAGAGCUGCUUCUGAGUCCUUCUAAGGAUCGCUUUGCCGCUGCAGUGACUCCCACCACACUUUCAUCCUCCAACUCUGGUCCGCGUGCGGUGGUUCCCAUCAGGACCGGUGUCAACGUGUCGCCUCAGCUGUCUUCCGCCGCCGCCGCGAGCGCCGGCCCCGAAAAGCCCACACGGGCGGGUGCCAAGGUCGCCGGCCACAUGGUCAGACGGCGUCCCUCGUUUCGGUCUUCCAAGAACUACCACCUUCCAGAAUUGGUAAAGGCCUACGGCAAGUCUGCACCGGGAACCGAGUCGUCAAACUCGGAGCUGUCGGUGUAUCAAAGGGCUGGUCCGGACAGAAACGCACCCCCUCGAAGCUUCCUGACUGGUGGGAAGAGGACGGCUAACUUAUUUGCGCCAACCAAGGUCCAGACGAUCCCGAUACGCUUUGGCGGCAUCCCUAUUCAGCGGUUGAGAGACCCACUUAAAAAUGGCGGCACCGGCGUCGUGUCUCGGCCACAGGCGACCAACUCGGCCCCGCUGCAGAAGACUGUCUUUUAUUCUCAAAGGGCAAACUACUUGCACAACCAAAGAUGACUUCACAUAGGAGGAAUAAAUGACUUUGUCCCACUUAUAAGUAAUUGAAACUUUAGAAAAUGUUAUCAUGCUAUUCUGUGCAAUAAAUUAUUUUUAUAUUGACUUCGUGGCAUGUUUACUGCAGAUUUGGUGACAUCUACUGUUCAAACGGUUGUGGUACACCUAAGUUUCAAUGCCAAGAGCAGUGCUGGUUUGACUUGGUUGAAGGAUACUGGGAAUGUCGACUGGAUCUGUGCAUUUUAUAACUUAUGUUCGGCCUACUUGGCUUUGUCUACUUUCAUCGGGAAUUCAACCAGCUUAAUGCAGUGUCGGUCUACUUAAAACUUGCUGGCCUAAGUUUGCAAAUGUUCUCGUUGAGUGCAAAGGGUCAACGAAUCUCGACCCACUCCCCACCCCCUCGUACCACGGAACUAGGAGUGACGUCAGUGGGCGGAGCUUCAGUCCACCUUGACGAUCAGGUAGAUUUAGGGGAAGUUUUAAAAUACGUGACGUAACUUCAGCGUUAUUAAUGUAUCCAAUAUAUUGGCACCUUUUCGAGGACAGUGUGCAUUGGAUCACUAAGCCAAACUGUUGGCCCUUCCACGAACAUAUUACACCUUGUGUGGACUAGACCUACACCAUGCCCACCAGCGGCAAUGGCAGCGGGAGGCACUUAUCAGAGCCCCGCUGCUCCAUAGAGGAUCACGACCCUUCGUUGCUGAGCAACCAGAACAAUAACUACCAGGAGCGCAGCGUUGACCCGCCAGAAAACCUCCCUAAGGACAACCGGAGAAAGGACUCCACCCUUCCCCAUAGAGCCCACCUGAAGUACUCCGACGGGCAAGCUGACGAGACGGUCGGCUUCAUCACCGUCGCCAACGAGCCCGGGGGCGGGGCUUGCUCCUGCGGGCGCUGCCGGAGCCUGGUGUGCAGGGUCCUGACCUGCGGCCUGUACGGGGUCUGCCAGCGCACCCUCUGUGCGCCUUGCUUGACCGCCCCUCCCACCCAACCCGAGAACAAGGAGCGCACUAAGGAAGAGGAGGAGGAGUACCGCGAUGAGCCGGCCUGGCUGGAAGACGUCCACCUCGACGGGGUCAAAGUGGACUUUCAGCGAAGCGCUCCUGACAUUGAGCGGGAGGCGCCCUCUUCCUCCAACGUCCGCCCGGCCGGCCCCAAGCCGCCCCAGCCGCCGGACAAGACCAGCCGCCGGUCGUACGACUCCAUCGACUGGGAGGAGGAGGAGGAGGAGGAGGUGGCGUACGGCGGCGAGGGCGUGGACGCCCUCAUCACCAAGAAGCUGCUGGCGCUCUACACGGAGUACCAGAUCGAGGAGCUGGCCCGCUGCACCACCGACUCGCUGUUCCUGCGCAAGUCCACGGAGAUCCACCAGCUCAUCAACUCCCUGGCGGUGGAGCACCAGAUGGACGAGCAGGAGGCGGAGGGCCGGCUGGUGAGGGGAAUCAUCCGCAUCAGCACGCGCCGCAGCAAGAAGGGCAGGCGGCCGCACGAUGCGGUGAGCGAGAGGACGCUGUCGGACAGCGGCAACGAGACCAUGCGGAACAGCGACUCUUGCAGCAACAACAAUGACUACAAAUCAAGUCCUAACUUCCAGAUAUCAGAUGUCACACAUUCGGACAUGUAUGCCAGGAAUAUGAGGAGGAACAACAGUGAUGGUCGCUCUGUUCCAUACUCAGACACCAUGUUAUCAUCAGGUGUCUCAGUCGCUCGCACCUCCGUGAGGACGUGAUCCUGAGCCUCCAGGGCCGAGACACGAAGAUGCCCACAGCGCAGGAUCCCCCAGGGGCAUCCAUGGCACAGUAGUAGCACCCCACCCCCCUCCCCUUCCAUCCCAGGCAAGCUCGCCUCUGGAAGUACUGACUGUUUUCGUACGCUUUGUUUGUAUGUGUGUCAGUUGUGUGGAACCUCGGGUGUUGAAGGAGGUCCGGGUACUCUGGGCUAGCGGUUGGUCAGUGGGAAGAAUUCUGCGAUUGAACGCCCACACACGAGAGCUGGCCUCGCAAUGGAGGGCCGUUGGUAGCUGGCUGGCCAAGACGGCGGAAAGACCCAGCACUCGGCGACCCUCCUCGUGUAUUCCAAAAAAUGUAACCGUCCCCAUGGUCUGUUUGAGAGGGAAAAUGUACUUUAGCUUUCAUCAAAACAUGACUUUGGUUGGUUGCUGAGGUUGUAUUUAAUGAGCCGGGCCAACCAAAGACAUUUGAGUCACUUUGAACCCUUGGUGGUCUUUUGGAAUGGACCGGUAGCAGGAAUAACUUAUCUAAGGUCAUGGUUUUUACGUGAAGCUCUGUGACGCUCUGAGAAUGGUUCACAAUGUGCUUAUGGUCCUAUUUACAGCAGUGAUACCUGAAGAAUUGAAGAUUUAGAAUUUCUUCCGGACUUUGAAGUGUAAUCUCCGAAGCUCUCCUUUUAGUUAGGAGUAAACCGUACACCCGCUACCCACACAAGUCAGCUGAAGAGCGAGUCUGCUGCGAUAGCUUCACCUACCCUCUAUUGCGGAACAACCUCUUCUGGGGGAUGUAAAGCGCUUGAUUUGAAUGCUAGCCAGUACGUUGCCACUGACACCCAGUUGAUAACAUCCUCUAGUCUAGUUUUAAUGGAAGGAUUCACUGUUUGUCUCUCCUUCGAUUUACUCAACAACCAUUCAUCAAACGACUUCGCACUUGGCGGGUGUAUCAGGUCCCAAGGAGGGGCAGUGUCCAGCAUGAGGUUGUUUGGAUGAGCAGUUCUGGGAAAAAGCUGCAAGCGGCAAUGCUUGAAGCCAGGCAGUGGCCUUUUCCAAACAGGCACGUUGUGAAUGGGCAAUGCACUAUUACUGCAAAUGCAAGGGCUUUCUUCAGUUGGCCAUUGGCUCAAUCACUCUUGUGCUGCCUCGCUGGGCAAUGGAGACUGACUUCAUUGACAUUUAUUUAAAGAGAAUCAAUGCAGAUUUUCCCGAUUGCUACAUCAAUUGAAGAAUGAUAUCCGAGUGCGAGUGCGUAAUUUUGUAACAUAACACCACUAGGAAAUGUAUUUUUGAUACAAAAGAAAACUAUCUUUAAUACAAAACAAUGUGAUUGGAUAGUAUAUUCCAUUAUUAUCACAAUUUAUAAUUGGUUGGAAGAACCUUUUCUUCAUUCAUUUUCAUCGUAAUAUCCAAAGUUAUUUUGUUCUCAAACAUAUAACCAGCGGUUUCAUUACAUGGAGUACAAUUUGUAUUUCUCUUUAAAGGAAAGAUGCAAUCUUUGAAAUUGAAUCCUCAUCCGUUAUUAGAGUGAACACCUUCGUACAUCGUAUGCCAACACAUGCUCUGUGGUUAACCUAUCAAGUGACACAGUUAGUCCACAUCUUUAUGUUUUGCACAAAGUUUGUAUUGCGAGGCGACGUCCAAGCCCGUUCAAGUUCCAGUGGGAAUUUUGCCAGCUGACAUUGCUGGAAUUCGCCCUUGCUUAUCAGCAUUUUGUGUGGUUGUAGUGAACGUGGACUGUGGCGUAGUUUAGCUUAAAUACCUUGCAGUGGAAAGGCCAAUGUCAUUAGUCUGUGAUGACCCUGUUGAUGUUUUUUGCAGUUAUUGCUAUAUACUGGAAUGCUCCUUCGGCUCAUGUAAAUGUCUCUUCCUAUGGUUUGUCGUUUGAUAAGCAAAAUCAAUAGUGGGAAUGUUGAGCUAUUUAUUUGUGUUCAGAUAUUAGAAGAGGAUAUGUAUAUAACAAUGGUCUAUUAUGUGAUAUGCCAGUUUGCUUUCCAGGAAACCACUGAAUUAUUUAGGAGGUCCGUGAAACCGGUUAUUCAGGUUGAAACCAAAGAGUCACAGAAGUCUGGUUGUUUGUGGUUUGUAGAUGUUUGCCCGGUGUGUCAAAAAAAAUGCAAAUGAUAAAUGCUGUCUAUAUUUUACAAUUUCAACAAACUAUGUGAUUUGAGCUUAUUAAAUUGCUUGAUACUC